CCCAGAAAGAAAAAGUCCAACCCGACAACGAACCAGACCCGUUAGUUUCUUCUUCUCUUCUCAAUCUCAAUAAUAAAUCCACGUGGUCGGUAUCCCCUCUUGCCCGCUGCCCCUCUUUCACUCUUCUCCUUAGUCAAAUCUCCAAUAACACCUAUCUCUCUCCCCUAUAUAUAACCCAUUUUUUCUUCCCAUAUUUUUUCCUCAACACGUAACCCUCUCAUUUCACAAUGGCUGCAAACCUCGCCGUCACCGUUACCUCUGCUACUUUUUUUUUCUUGUUCGCCUUCGCUUAUGCUCUAGAUCUACCAGAAAUUAGCCCAGUCUCUACCACUAGCUAUGAUCAUAAUUUAGUUACCUUACCAGAUUCUGAUCCCAAGACCACAACUACCAUCAUUCUCCCUAGCGAAAAACCUGAAACCGAACCCGCCACUUUUGUUGAUCUUGAACCAGAAGAUACCGAAAUCCCCAAAUUAUCGGAAACGGAGUCAAAACAGGAGAAAACAGAGCCUGCUCUGACCGACUCAGUACCAUUAACGGUAAUAACUUUCCGUCCAAUCAACCGACAUAUUGCUAGACGCUCGGUCAAUCCGUUUCGUCGUGGCCGCGGAUGCCACGGACGCCAUCACCACCACUUUAACCAGUUCAAGAUAAAGAAUGCUCAAGAUCAAGGUCAACGAUCAUAUGGUGAUGACAUGAUUAUAUCAGGAGGUGAGUAUUUAGGUUCUGAUCGUCGGGUUCCGGCAAGGUGGGCCAAGUUUAACCACGGCGGACAUGGGUUUUCGUUUACAAAUGAGGAGGAUAAGAGGAACGAGAUGAACGACAGGCCACGUCACCAUCACCACCACCACCACCAUCACCGCCAUGAGGAGGAGGAAGGAGAAGUGAAGGACCAUAAGCAUGAGUAUUAUAAGGGUGGAUUUAUGAAGAGGAUCCGUAAGUUCUUGAACAACUUUUGAGGGAAAGAUUAAAACAUAGUAUAAGAUUGAUCUGUUUAAUUUAUGUGACUUUGCGUUUUCUGGGUUUGGGUUUGGGCUUGUUCUUACUUUUUGUAAAUAAGUUGGCAUCCUUAUGAGAUGUUAAACAAUUGCAUUUGCAGUUUAGGACGUUUUUCUAGGUUUUGUACACAGAAAGGAUACGACUUUUGUACUAUAUAUGUGUUACUUUAUGAUACGACUUUUCUAUUUCUGUCUGCUA